AACUUUAUUUAUUUACUCCUCCUUUUCCUGCAAAACCCUAAUUUCAGACAUCACUCCGGCGAAUUUGUGAACCCCAAUUGUUAUUUUCUCUGUAAUUGUAGAAUUUAUUUUUCAAAAAAUUUGCAAUUUUUUGAAGCUUUUACCGCUCUCUGCAAUGGUGGAGAUUUGAGCCACAGUAUCGCGUCUUUCUCGGAGUUCAACCCCAACCGUUCAAAAUUAUGCUUCUGGGUUUCGUCAUUUCAGACAAAAGUUUCUAUUUUUGAAGUUUUUAUGAGCGGUUGCAACUUUUUCUGUGCUCAAACGUCAGUGUACUGUUUUUGGGUACGUUAGUUCUGCAUUCAAGUACAUUUGUCUUCUUCGAGUUGAAAAAAAUCAUUUUUCCUUUUUUUUUUUGAAUUGGUAAUUCCUUGAAUCUUCAAUGGGAAGGGUUUAAGCGUGUUUUAAGGUUUUGGGGUGUCUUUGUUUUUCUUUGAUUCGAAAAAAAAAUGGAGGAAAAAGAGAUUUUUAGUUCUGGGCAGGCUGUUAAGGUUGUCGAGCCCCCCCAGAGCUUCCACGUGGCACUAGGCUCCGUGCAGUUUUCUGGGCCCACGGGGGAUUCGCCGGCACCGGUGAGUUCUCCGGUGAUUACUUCCGGUAGUACAGAGGGGAAGAAGAAGAGGGGCCGGCCUAGGAAAUAUGGACCGGACGGCAAUGUGGCGCUGUCGCCGAUGCCGAUAUCAUCGUCGAUUCCAUUGACCGGAGACUUCUCAGCCUGGAAAAGGGGCAGAGGAAAGCCAGUUGAAUCAAUCAAAAAGUCUUUUAAGUUUUAUGAAGUUGAAGGUCAAGGUGCAGGACAAGGUGAUCAAAUUGCAUACUCAGUUGGUGCCAAUUUCACACCUCACAUCCUUGUAGUAAAUGCUGGCGAGGAUGUUACUAUGAAGAUUAUGUCCUUCUCUCAACAAGGAUGUCAAGCGAUUUGCAUUCUGUCUGCAAACGGCACAAUUUCAAAUGUUACACUACGCCAACCAACUUCUUCUGGUGGUACUUUAACAUAUGAGGGGCGCUUUGAAAUUCUUUCCUUGACUGGUUCAUAUAUGCCAACUGAGAAUGGGUUUACAAAGAGCAGAUCUGGUGGAAUGAGCAUCUCAUUGGCCGGUCCAGACGGUCGAGUAAUGGGGGGUGGACUCGCCGGUUUGCUGGUAGCUGCCGGUCCUGUGCAGGUUGUUGUGGCUAGUUUUGUUCCUGGUCACCAGCUAGAGCAGAAACCGAAGAAGCCGAGGGUGGAGCAUGUUCCAAUGACUGCUGCACCUAUACAUGCCAGCCCUAUUCAUGUGAGCACUACUUCUGCAGAAGAUAUAAGAAUUGGUCUUGGUGGAGUAAAGCCAAUCUUGACACCAGCAGCUUUUCAAAUGGACAGCAUCUUUGGCAAUGGACAACCUUCUGAUGAUGAGGCUCCUUUCCCUGAAGAAGAAGAAGAUGAAGAAGAAGAAGAGCCUAACACAAGCUAUGCAGAUGCUGAAGUUGCUAGCUGAACAUGUUCCUUUCCAAGUAUUUGGUGUUCUCAACAGUCAAAUCAAAUCCCAUAUAGACUUACUCGUGCUUGACUCGUGCUGACAAUUUAACUCCACAAAAGUCUUAGUGUGGGAUGAGGAAUCAAGGUUGGUUUUGACUUGUGAAAUUCUUCACUUUAGUGUUAGAAAAUCUGUUUGUUAGGCUUUCAUGGUUCUGUUCUCAUGACGCAUAACUAAUAUUGUUUUACUCAUAGUUUUAGCAGAUAGAUGUAGGAUAUAUUUUGUGCCACGUUCUUAUUAGAUUUCAUUACAUUGUUUGAAAUGAGUGCAUGUGGGUGCUUUCUAAACUGUAAUCUAACGAUAUUAUUUGUUGUGAAGGAGGAAAUUACAUUUUAGCAUUUACUUCAA